AUGGCUAUUUUAGAACGCAAGAACAAUUUCCAAACCCCACUGACUCUAACAAGUUCAGAAUUAUAUCUCGAUUACAAUACAUUCGAAAAUGAUAACAUCUAUAAUAACACUGAAAGAAACAGAAGUAGUAAGAAGGCAAGCUCAGUAUUGAGUAUAUCUAAUUGUAAUUUGAACGAGAAAUACGAUCAGAAUCGUUUUUAUAAAAAUGUGUUGUUGCCUAAACCGUUUUCCAGCGCCAUGUUAGACACAGGAACCGAUAGCGUCAUCGAAUAUUCAAUAGCAUCUACCAAGAAUAAGAAUAUCGAUCUUAGUAAAUUUGAUAGACCGGAUUGCGUAACGACUGAGCUCACUAUUGACAAAAUUAUCAACGAUACAUAUGCGUUAUUGGAGCGUGAGCAAACGUCAAGUACAUAUGCUGACAUGUUGCUUGUAUCAUUGAUAGCAUUUGUUCGAAUCAAUAAGAAUUUAGAAUCGAUGAAACAUGAAAAUGUUAUGUUUGAAGCACAAGACCUUGAUUCCAUUUUGAAAAUCUUAACAAUAAUUCCCACGGGACAAAGUUACGACACAUUUGAUAAGUACGUCUGCCAUGUUAUUAAAAUCAACCAGAAGCGUCGAUUGGGUUUACCGAGCAGCACUGAAGCUGAUGAUUUGAGUAUAGAUUCAAUUGUGGAACAAUUGCAAGGAGAAAGUUAUUUGCCUCAUAUGUUGAUCGAUUCCAUAGACUCGUAUAAGAAUGAGAAGACUGCGCAAAUAAGAUAUUGUAAAGUAUUGAAUAUUUUAUUUUCGACGAUAGGCAUUGAGCUGAGUAAAAUCUUCUCUACUGUGAUGAAUAUUAUUUUUUUGCACGGAUCUCAUGAGACAAUGGUGGAAUUCGAGUCAAUAAUGGGUUACCUUGAGAUGAUAUUGAGAGUUUCCAUUGAGUCCAACAAUUGUGAAAUGUUAAUCGGCGUGGAAGACACUAUUGUUGCCUGGUAUAAUACCAAUGCGAGUAUUGAAAACAAACGGAGUUUCAACAAUUGGAUAAUAAAAACAUUGCAAGAAUUAAUAUCAACUUACAAUAGAGACGCCAACGAGAGCAUUACAAUUGGAAGCAUGAUAUCAUCAGUAACAGAUGAUACUGAUUUAAAAUUGAAUAAAUGUGACAUAGUACAAGAAUUUCUUAAUAGUUUACAAUUACGUUGUAGUGAGAAUGUGACAGCGACGACACAAAAGAAUUUCUUUGCCUUGAGUAUCUUGGAACCCAAUGAAACGUUAGUUACAGUGAGCAUGAUCACGGAAGAAGAGGAUGAAGAAGCGGACGUAGUGGUCCCCAUGCGAGUUGAUACGACUGUGACGGUGAGUGAGGAGUCGAGUUUCAAUCGAUGGAGACAUUGGGUGCAUAACAAGUUGAAGAGUGUAUGUUUCCAUUGUGGCAGGUGCGAGGAGAUUGACAACAUCCAACAUUUUGUAAAUCGAAUAACAUAUGACAAUCGUCAUUGCAUAUUCAGUGAUUUAAACGUGCCGCAAUUAAGCACAAUUGAAGAACCAACUGAGAUGGAAAGACAGUAUAAACAAUUGUUGUACGAUGAGAACAAAGGAUCUCGUAAAAGAGAUGUGAUUAAAUUAUUAUUCAAAUGA